GUCUGACAAGAUGUACCAGGUCCCACUGCCACUGGACCGGGAUGGGACCCUGGUCCGCCUCCGCUUCACCCUGGUGGCCCUGGUCACAGUCUGCUGUCCACUUGUCGCCUUCCUCUUCUGCAUCCUCUGGUCCCUGCUCUUCCACUUCAAGGAGACUACGGCCACACACUGUGGGGCCACUCCCUACAGGAUGUUCUCUGCGGCCUCCCAGCCCUUGGAUCCAGAUGGGACUGUGUUCCGGCUCCGCUUCACGGCCAUGAUCUGGUGGGUCAUCACUUUCCCCAUGUUCGGCUUCUUCUUCUGCAUCAUCUGGUCCCUGGUGUUCCACUUUGAGUACACGGUGGCCACUGACUGUGGGGUGCCCAACUACCUGCCUUCGGUGAGCUCGGCCAUUGGUGGGGAGGUGCCCCAGCGCUACGUGUGGCGCUUCUGCAUCGGCCUGCACUCAGCGCCCCGCUUCUUGGUGGCCUUCGCCUACUGGAACCACUACCUCAGCUGCGCGUCCCCGUGUCCUGGCUACCGCCCGCUUUGCCGCCUCAACUUUGGCCUCAACGUCGUCGAGAACCUCGCACUGCUAGUGCUCACUUACGUCUCCUCUUCCGAGGACUUCACCAUCCACGAAAAUGCUUUUAUUGUGUUCAUCGCCUCUUCCCUCAGUCACAUGCUCCUCACCUGCAUUCUCUGGCGGCUGACCAAGAAGCACACAGUAAGUCAGGAGGACCGCAAGUCCUACAACUGGAAACAGCGGCUUUUCGUCAUCAACUUCAUUUCCUUCUUCACGGCACUGGCUGUCUACUUUCGGCACAACAUGUAUUGUGAGGCUGGAGUAUACACCAUCUUCGCCAUCCUGGAGUACACCGUUGUCCUAACCAACAUGGCGUUCCACAUGACAGCCUGGUGGGACUUCGGGAACAAGGAGCUGCUCAUUACCUCCCAGCCUGAGGAAAAGCGAUUCUAAACCCUUUCUCUCCUACUAGAAAGGAGGAGGCGGUCCACUGCCCAGAAACUAGAAACAAGACACCACUCUGGCCUUCCCCACCCUGUGUCCUCUGUGGGCUGUGCUGAAGCUGGGGGAGGGGGAGGAAGGGCAGAAGGGCACAGGACAGGGUUUUAGGUAGCCCUGCUGGCUUCUCUUUUCCCUCACCCCACUUGAAGGCACAGGGACCUUCAAGCAGCAUCACCCUUAUCGGAGAGGCCCCAAGAAGCUGAGCUGUUAGGAGAGCUCCACCAUCUGGUGCUAAAAAAAGUCCUGAGGUUUAUAACCACCAUCGGUUCUUGGCCUUUACAUAGCCACCUCUUGCUGAGGUCAGAGACCACUGAGCAGUGGCUGCUACCUGAAAACCACAGCCAUUUCUCUCCAUGGGGUCAUUCACUUGACUGGUGUAUGUGAUUAUCUCCUGCACAUGCCCAGGCCUGUGCCACAGUCCCUUGCUAAGUUUGCCCAGGUGUUCUAGCUCUGACUUCACCUCCUGUUUAGUGUGUACCCCUUCCCCAUCUAAGCCUUCGUAUGUCCAUGCAGGUGGUUGGGGGUAGGAGGGCUGUAGGAUCUGUAAGGGCUCUGCCAGUGUGUGGUUCUGACACUACCUUGUGGAGGUAGUGUUCUAUACCUGAGGGAUGUCCUGCUCCAGGAAAAGCACUGGCACAGCAUUUGUUCCUUCCCUUCUGAAAUCCAUGGCUCACCGACUCUUCCUCCUUGGCAAAGGUGUAGGGUAGUUAGAGGCAGAUUCCUGCCCCAAAAUGGGCUCUCUGCUGUCUCCCUGUCCUCCCUG